AUAAUCCAUGUGGGGGUGUAUAUUGGAAUUGAAUAGGUAGGUGGUUUUCUGCUAGUCUGAACACGUGGGAAGCGUUGGUAUUCCUAUAAAGCCUCAAGGCAUAGCGAGUAAACAGAAGCUCAAAUUUCAUAUGUGUUGAGACAGGCAGGCGUUGGUGUUAUAAGGUGAGAGCUGCGUUUUUGAAUGCAUUCAGUCGUUCUGACUGCUGCAACUUUUUUCGCAGCUCACGUUUGUUUUCACUGCCCCCGUUUUAAGUACACAUCUUGCCCAUCGCAGUCAUGAUUCGGAACUUUAAAACAAAAUCGAAGACGUUUCAGGAGAUAAAGAAGGAGUGCUUGCAGCGCAAAAUUCUUUUUGAAGAUCCCGACUUCCCAGCCAGUCUGUCCUCACUGCAUAUUAGAGUCCAGCCGACGGUCAUCACACAGUCUAACAAUUUCAUUGAGUGGAAGAGACCUUGGGAACUCGUUCGUCACCCAGAAUUCAUUGUGUCUGGAGCCACCAGAGCUGACAUCAACCAAGGAACUCUACCUGACUGUUGGCUCCUCUCCGCGAUCGCAUCGCUCACCCUUUACCCUGAUCUGCUGGCCAAGGUGGUGCCCAUGGGGCAGAGCUUCCACGAGGACUACGCUGGCAUUUUCCUCUUCCGUUUCUGCCAGUACGGCGAGUGGGUGGACGUGCACGUGGACGAUCGCCUGCCCACCAAGAAAGGGGAACUCGUGUUCGUGCAGUCGGGCACCGGCAACGAGUUCUGGAGCGCCCUGCUGGAGAAAGCCUACGCCAAGUUGAACGGCUGCUACGAGGCGCUGGCGUACGGAUUCCCCGUCGAGGCCCUCUGUGACUUCACCGGAGGUGUGGGCGAGACGUUCACGAUGAACAAUGCGCCCCGCGACUAUUGGGACGGCAUUUCCCGUGCCAUCAAAAAGGGCGCCAUCAUCUGCUGCGGAAUCGAGGGCCGUGGAGAGAAGGUUACGCCAAUGGGUUUGGUGGAGGGACACGCCUACUCAAUAACAGGGGUGAUAAAGCUCAAAUUCCCGGGGAAGACAGUUCAGUUGAUACGAGUCCGGAACCCCUAUGGCAAGGUGGAGUACACGGGACCGUGGAGUGAUGGGUCCACGACGUGGAACGAGGUGCCGGAGGAGGACCAGAAACGUCUGCACGUGAGGGCGGAGGAUGGAGAAUUUUGGAUUUCAGACAAGGACUUCAGGAAGAACUUCCACCUGGUGGAGAUCUGUCACCAGGGCUCGGAGGUGGAGAUAGAGCACAGGAAGAACUUGUGGAUCUGCGAGUUGCACAACUCGAUGUGGCUCAAGGGCCUCAACGCCGGCGGCAGUCGCCGGCACCGCGAAUUUCCACUGAACUACCAGUUCUUCCUCACGCUGUUGGAGGAGGAUAACGUCAUGGACGUCUGCCAUGGCUGCCACUUCCUCCUGUCGCUCACGCAGAAACACCGCAGGAAGUUCCGCAAAAUUGGAAUCGACUUCGUCCCCAUCGGCAUUUACAUUUACAAGGCGGUGGUGCCCGGCAAGAAGCUGACCCCACAGCAGUUGCGCAAGGAGAAGCCCUUGGUCGAGAGCCCAGAGUUCAUCGCGCGCAGGGAGGUGACCAUGCGGAUGACUCUUCCGCCUGGCAACUACAUCAUCAUUCCCUGCACCGAGUCGGCGGGCCAGGAGGCGCAGUUCCUGCUGCGCAUCUUCAUGGAGAAGGCUCAGCAGCACCAGGGGCCUAAACCACUCACCGUGCCAAAGGUCAGCCCUCCUCCCGCAGAGAACUUUGAUAUGGAGGAGUCCUUCCUACAGGUGGCUGGCAAGGACAAACUCAUCAAGGCAGACAAACUUCAGGCGCUCAUCACUCUUGAAAUUCAAAAAUGCAUCACAGACACGACGGUGGUGGUCGACAAGUUCUCCAUGGAGAGCUGCCGCGUCUUGGUCGCUCUGUUCGACAUUGACAACUCUGGACAGCUGGGAUAUGAAGAAUUUCUUCUCGUCUGGGAAUUCAUCAAAAUGACUCUGAAGACCUACAAGAUGUGCGAUGUCGAUAAGUCGGGUACCCUCAGCAGUACGGAACUUCCCAUGGCUUUGGAGCAUUCAAGAUUCAAGGUGGGCAAGCUGAUGCAACGGCUGAUCAUGAUGCGCUUUUCCGAGCCCAACCUCACCAUAAGCUUCGACAGUUUCGUCUGCCUCCUUGCCAAGAUGUACACUGCCUUCAACAUCUUUAUAUCACUUGAUGCAGCUGGGACGGGAACCAUAACCCUGAACCUCCAUGAGUGGAUGAAGUUUAUGGUCUACAGCUAAAUCGACAGAAGAAACAACAUAAUUCACAUCGAGUGCAUAUAACCAUGCUUGCAGCUUUUGCUUAUGUAUCAUUACGGGUGGCCUGGCUUAUGAAAAUAAAAUGCUCAUGAAUACGAUUAUAGUUGUUUGCAGGCACUGUACAAUGUGGCUUCCACUCUAAACAUGAGCUGACUGAACCCCAUUAAGCACUGCUGAACUUCUAAAUUCAGCUGAACAAUUUUCAAGAACCACCUAAAGUCCUUGAUUCCAUUAUCUAGGGUGCUUCCAAAACCACGUUUAGUUUGACCUCCGUUUUAUAACUUUCAAGGUACCUUGUUUUUGACUAACUUGUCUUUCCACAAAUGUAUGUUCAUAAAUACCUGGUGGUGCACAAUACAGCUUGGUGUGUACCCUUGAACUAGGAAGGCCUCCGCAGUAUCAGUUCAGGAAAAAAAUGUCACCCUUUAAUAAACCAAGACACUAACUUGAUACGAACAAGAUGCUGUGCAUAUGCAAAUAUUUCUGUUCAUAUUCAUUCAAAAUACGCAUGCCGAGUAAAUCAUAAUUGACCAUACUUGAAAACAUAGUAAACUUGGAAAUAUAAUGCAACAGAGUUGGCCAACAAAAACAGUCAACACCCCACCUGUUUCCAAGUUUACUAAGUUUUUCUCACUUAUUCGUACCUGAUGAUGGUUGCUUGCUUGUGUUGCAAUCGAAACGUCGUAUUCUAUUAUUUUAUUUAUACGCAACUUUACCGAAAGAACCAAAGAGUAAUUCCUGCAGUCGCGAAAGCUACGAAUCAUAAUUGACCAGUUUACAAACUGCAAUAAAAUUUAACUUGAGGACUCACCUUUUCCAAUUUUGUAUUUGCUAAUACAGGGGACCCCUCCCCCGCUUUCACGACCUUUCUUGUGGUUAUGAAGACCCCCACAGUCAGGAUCUGUACUCGUAUCGACGACCGCCGAACGACUGCUUCCGACGUAGUCAAUAGGCGGCGCAUCCACGCAUGCCAUGCUCACACUCGUCGCCAGACGGCGCUGCUUUGCUCUUCCGCCGUAUUUAAUGCAGAACCCGAGUCUUCAUAGCCAUCGACCCAUACGGGUUACCCGUGUUCUUGUACAGGGAAAUUGAGUUCAGGUCCAUACGGCGUACAGCCGUUUCAGUACGGGCAAACAAAAACUGUGUUUGUAUUUCUCACUCGUGGAUGGGACUUUGUAGGAUGAACGUUGAUAUUUAUAAGGGCACGGGGUGACCAAUGUCUGAAUUGGUCUGUAAUAAGGUAGGCACUGAUAAGGGGUUGACAGGUAUGCAGUCUGCAGCUGCGCCGAGAGUGAACGCAGUCUCUUUCUCAAUGCUCUUUCAUUUUUGUAAAUUUUCUGCAAAUAAAAAAAUCGCCUUUCACUACGUCUGAGAAGAGGAAAUGUGAUGCACAUGCCCAAAAGCACUUAACGAUUUUUAAAUGUUUGCUUUUACUUAAUGUUGGGAUAGAUUAUAUUAAGCGACCAUAAAUGUUUCUUCGGGUUUUCAUUUAUUUUCGCGGUCAAUUUUGGUCUUUUUAUGGACUGGGUUUCCACGGAAUUGUAACAUCACAUGUUUCCACGGAAACCCAGUCCAAUGUAUAGCGUUGCGCCUAUGGGAAAUGAGGGUUCCAAUUACGACGGCUCCACUUGCGAGCGUCGUCCAGGAACCAAUUAGGUCAUGCGUGGCUCACCUGUAUACUCGCACCGCAUUUUUAUAAUUUCACGAAUUGUAACACUUCUAGAGUUCGUCUACUCACCAUUUCAUGCUCAAGGAAAAAAACGUCUCAUCAGACCUCCUCCUGGGUCGUUUUCCUCAUCAGCCGAGGUCACACCACUGCCAGAUGAAGGCCUCCUAACCCAUUUCCAUCUAUCACGAUGCUGCGAUGCAAUAUCCACCUAACGCUUCCAAACGAGCUUUCAUCGCUCCAUCUCUUCAAUUAAUAUUCUCUCAGAAGCCUCCCAUUCAUUGGCUGCCACUCCCCUUCAUUACUCUUGACCAUCUACCAUCAUCCCUGUUUUAUGUUCAUGAACAUCCACACACCUUUCAUGAAAUAGAGGAUCUUCAAAA